AUGUCUGGUAAAGAAUUCGGUUUAGAAAAUCAAGAACAUGCUCUUCAGGAAAGUGAAGAUCUCGAGGAUGGAACUGAAAUUGAUUCCGAAGAUCUAUUAGCUGCGAUGACAGAAAAUUCAACUGAACAUCAAUUUGUAGAUGUUGCUCCUGAAGAAAUGGAAGAAGAACUCCUAGAAGAUGGUUCAUUAUCGCCACUUGAGAAAAUUUUUUUAGUGUACAUUGCAAGAGAACUGCCAUCAUUGAUAAAAGACAUUGAAAUUAGUGAAGCGGUUGAAUUUGUACUGCCUUUGAUGAAUUCUUUAGGAAAUGAUAAUGAGGUUCAUGUGCGUGAAGCUUUUGCGCCAGAAGUGGAUAAAAUCAUAUGGUUUUAUUAUUCUCAUUGUCCACUCAAGGAAGCUACACCCGAAAACGUUCAUGAUGGUGUUUUCCUAACGCGCAGAUCUUUGAGUCCAGAGAGGCCUCAAACACCACAACAAAGGCCACCCAGGCCACAAACUCCUCAGAGACCACAAACACCCAUACAACAAUCAUUACCACUGCUUCCUCCACAACCACAAACUCCUACUAGUCACUUACCAUAUUUAUCUCCAUCUGCUUUCACAGGUCUACUUCACACAUUACUUCUUGAUCAAAAUACAGGAAUUGCACAAUCAGCUCAAAACGCUGUACAGUCUUUAGUUGAGAAAAUAUUGGGGGAUCCAAAUCUAAGUCCAAAGAACAAGGAAAUUUUAGAAAAGGAAACUUUAGAGGGAGUCGUUCUUGGAAUUGGUCGAUUAGAUCAAGAGAAAACAAAAAGAACUGAAUUAAAUGACUGGGAUACAGAUGGAGAUGAUUCAAAUACACAUGUAGUUGCUGGUGGUGAGGAGAUAGCCGAAUUAGGUCGAAUGACGAUGAUGUCGCUAAUUGCAUCGUUAGCAUCUAUUGUUGGACCCGAAAAAUGUACUCGCCUGUUUCUACAUGAAUUAGACAAAAUGGCGACUGAGCCAGUGUUUUAUGUACGGAAGGAAGCGGCCUUGGCAGUGGGGAGUUUGGCUAAUGUAAUGUCUUUGGAUAUAAUAACUUCAAAAUUGUUACCCUUAUACGACCAAUUCUCUAACGACCCUAUUUGGCAUGUGCGCCGCUCCUGCUGUCUUGUCUUACCAACCAUAUGCUCUCGUCUUCCCGAAGAAAUGAAAUUUGAGCGGGCCGUCAAGGGUAUGGAUUUAUUUGCAGGAGAUGUCUGUCGUAGUGUCCGUUCUGCGGCCGGAGAGAUGGUCGGGGAAUUAAUUGCAACUUUCCAACCUGGAGGCAAGGUUCCUGAAAGCUUAAUACAAAACUUCUUAAGUCUCGUUCCAAUCAGGGAAGGCAGCAAUGGGAGUAAUGGCGUCACAGGGGGUUCUUUUAGUGGAGGCCUAGGGCAGCAGAGAGAUCCUGAACGUCCGGUUAUUUGUGCAUAUAAUUUUCCUGCUGUUGUUUUGACUUUGGGAGAAAGUCGUUGGGACGAUCUAAAGGGAACUUACGUUUCUUUAGCAAGAGACAUGCAGAUUAAAGUGCGGAGAUCUUUGGCCUGUUCGCUUCACGAAAUUGCGAAGGUCAUAGGUCCAACCAAAACUAAAGAGGAUCUACUUAACGUUUUUUCACUUUAUCUGAUUGAUGCAGAAGAGGUUAAGUCUGGUCUUAUAGAACAUCUCGCUGCAUUCAUUGAAUGCUUACCUCAAUCUAAUCGAGAUGAAUAUUUACCAACGUUGAAUGAUGUUUGGGAAGGUGUUAGUGAUCAAUGGCGAUUAAGAAAUGAAAUUGCAAAACAAAUUUCAGAGUUAUGUCGGUUAUUUGAUGAACAAAAUGUGAUAAAUCAUAUAUUACCACUAACUAUAAAGGCAAUCAAAGAUUCAGUGGCUACUGUGCGAGAAACGGCAGUCACAAGUUUUCCCGCUUUAUUUGAAGUUUUACGUAACAAUGAAUCAUGUCUCCAAAAGUUGAUAAAUAGAAUGAAUGAAUUUGUUUCUGAUAAAGGAUUUCGAGGCAGAGUAGUUUUGGCAAAUCUUUUACUCGACAAAGUAGUUAACGUGAGAAUUGCCUUGGGUCGACUUGUUGGAGAAUUAUGCCGAACUGAACAAUAUUAUCAAGAUCCUGAAAAUCGACCAUCAUUAACCGUCGAUAUGAUACAUUGUCUUGCAAAAGAUCAAGAUGUUGAUGUACGAGGAUUUGUUUUCUCUAUUCUAUCACCAGAAGAUAAAUCUAAAUUUUUAUCUUCAGAAAUACAAGCGAUGGCUGAAAGUGUUGAAAAUGAUAUAGAUCCUACUACGAACAAUUUGGAUCACGCGGAAGUCAGAAAAAAUAUUCAAGAGUCCAUUGAGACGCCACUUUUGAAAACAGAAGAAAUUGUAAAAGAAACAAUUGACGAACCACGUGAUGCCGAAAAUGGCAGUCCGCUGGGCAUGAUCAUGGGGGAAAUUCCAAUAGCGUUUAUAAGACCUAAUAUUGAAGUAGAUAAUAAUAUGUCUUCUUCGGGUCUUAGGGUAUCAUCCCCUCCUCCCACUUAG